UAGGUUAUGUUAUGUUAUAUGCCUGCAUUGAAAUUGAAUGAAUGCUAAUAAUUUGUAUACUUAAAUAUAAUUAAUAACAUAGUAAGCUUUGCUGUCGAUAUUAAUUUAAAGUAAUUUCAAACAGUGCUUGUAUGACGGUAACCUAAAUAAAUCUGAUAACUCCGUGAAUGCUUGGAGAUGGUAGGGUAACUAAUAAUUUAAUAUGAAUUGUUCAGUAUGCCCAGAGAAGAUUGUUUCUAAGUAUAAGUGUCCUAAAUGUAGAAUUCCGUAUUGCUCAUUAGCUUGUUGGAAGAACCACAAAGCUGAAGAUUGUGUUCCUGAAGUCAAACCUCCUGCAGUAGUUAACGACAAACAAUCAAAUCUUUAUUAUUUUCCAACUGAAGACACUGUGCCUUUGGAGAAACUGCAAUUGCUCGAACAAAACCAAGAACUUAAGAACAUCUUGUGUAAUCGGCAUCUGAGAGACAUGCUAGUAGCGAUCGACAAGUCUGUUAAUCCAGCUGCUGCAAUGCAACAAGCAAUGUUGGAGCCUAUAUUUGUUGAAUUUACUGAUGAAUGUCUAAAAAUUGUUGAACCUGCUGAAGAAUCUAGUCAGUAA